AUGGGUGUUUUUAUCAGGAUGGUUUAAGUUUUAAAAAAUCUUUAGUUAAGAUAAUCAAUUUUUGUAUCCAUUUAUAAAAUUAACAUCUCUUUUUAGAAAAUCUAAGUUUAACUAGUGAUAACUUAUCCCCCUUUAAAUUCAAUAUAAAUUAUCGGAUAUUUACAAUUAAAUUUAUUAUAACAAAUUAGAGCUGCACUUUUCCUAUAGUUUCAAUAGAUUUUUUAAAUAAUCCAUUUCUAAUUGUAAGAAUUAUUGAUAUUGCAAACAAUUUCAAAUUAUGGCAUCAAAUUCAAGUUAAAUUAAUAAGAAAGCAAAUGGAUAUUUAAAUUAAAUUUGAUGAAGAAUGUAUAAUUCAUGAAUAUAGUUAUUAGUUAGAAGUUCGUCAAUUUUAAUAUUAUUAAUUUAAAGUAUUAUUUGAAUAAUGA